UCAGCCUUUUGCAAAUCUAAAUCUUAUAUAAAACACUGUUAUAUAAAGUAAUUUACGAAAAGAAACAUUUCCACUAAGUUUACAAACAAAUUAUAAAUAUUUUAUAAUUGCUCAUUUUGUGUACUCCUUUUUCCUCCAAAAAAUAUUGUGAGAUAAAUAUUACGAAAAAAUAAUAUUUAUAUAUCUUCGAGGGUGACAAAACAAUAAGUGAUUUUUGGUCUGAUUUUGGCGUCACUUUUUACGUAGUCUCACGUUCUCACAAGUUCUCUUAGUAUUUUCAUCCCAAUUGCGACAGAGGUACUUGAAUAUUAUCAUAAAAUGACAGCAGCCGCGCAGUACGCUUCAUAUAAUAAUAUUGUCAAAAACAAUGUAUCACUUAUAAUCGACAAAUUUGACAAAGAGCUACAAAAUAUAUCUGGAAAAUGUAUGGAUGUUGGUUGUGGACCUGGAGAUAUAACGAAAAAUAUUCUUCUUGCGGCUCUUAAUCCAAAAGCAACAAUGAUUGGCACAGAUAUUAUGACAAAUAUGAUCGGAUACGCAAAUAAAAUGUACGGUGACGAGGAACGACUCAAAUUCGAAGUGUUGGAUAUUCAAACGAAAAACUUGCAAAAAUAUAUUUCAAAAUUUGAUCACAUAUUCUCAUUUCACACUUUGCAUUGGUGCCAUGACAUUCGCCAAGCAUGUGAGAAUAUUUAUCGUAUGCUUCAACCUGGUAAAUCUAUGCUUAUAUCAACCGUAACGCAUUGCCCAGGCUUGUUUGAAGCUGUGGAGAUUAUGGCACAAGAUGCGCGAUUUUCACCGUAUAUGGAGGAUAAACAGAAGUAUGUUGGGUCACUUCAUUAUUCGAUUCGACCUCACGAAGAGUUAAAGGAAAUACUUGAAGAUAUCGGAUUUCAAUUUCUCUAUAGCAGUCAUCAAGAGAUGGACAACUGUAGGAAUACAGAAAAGUUUCUAUCCAUGGUUACUUCACAGCAUACUUAUGAAUUUUUGAACAAAAUGCCGCAUAAUAUAAGAGAGGAAUUUAAGAAUGAGUUAAGACAUAGAUUUACGGAAAGAAAAAUCAAAGACUAUAAAAAAAGUCAAGGUAAUUUUAAGUUAUAUAAUGAAAAGGAAGAGGAUAUUCCUGCUCUAUAUUCUUUACUAAUAGUUUAUGCACGAAAGAAUGUUUCAUAGUUGUAUAGAUGUAAUGUUUCAUAGUUGUAUAACAUAUAUAUCUCUUUUCUAUUUUUUCCCCUUUUACUCUCUUAAUUCUUAUUAAACGAUUGAAUAAUGUUA